GGGGGGGAAAUGCUUUUUGGAUUUGAAAUUGCUAGGCAAAGGGGCCUUUAGGGAGCUGGAAUAAAUGAUGUGAAUAAAUUCCGGUACCUGAAGGGAACUUAUAGGAAAGAUGGGGCAGGACUGUUAACAAGGGCAUAUAAUGAUGGGACAAGGGGGGAUGGGUUCGAACUGGCAGACAGUCGAUUUAGAUUGGAUAUUAGGAAGAAAAUCUUUAUUGUGAGGGGGGUGACGGUCUGGAACAGGGUGCCCAGAGAAGCUGUGGGUGCCCCAUCCCUGGAAGUGGCCAGUGCCAGGUCAGACGUGACUCUGAACAACCUGGGAUAGUGGAAGACCCUGCCCAUGGCAGGGGGGUUGAAACUGGACGAUCUUUAAGGUCGCUUCCCACCCAGACCAUUCUGUGAUUCUGUGAUUUGAACCUGAACAUAAGAGUUACAGGAGCCAGGGUUCUCAGUUCUUGGUGUUUAUGCUUCAUCAUUCAAAAAGGGAGCUUUAUUUUAAUCCACUUACUCUGCCAUGGCACCAUGGUGUGGAAGAGAUUUUGAGGGAAACAAAAUUUCUAUUUGGUGUGUUAAGAAUGAAUAGUUGUUUGUCAAAACUUUAAAGUCUCGGCAGUUUGUAAGUUAUGAAUAAGUGGCAUUGCUUUUAUUUUGCUUAAUGAAGUAUUCAUGCAUGUUAAUUGAACUACACAGAAUUUGGAAUAAAAUAAGUUUUUCCAGACUUGUAGGUCAAAGUCAGCAUGGCAUGACUGUUGUUACCAAGAAGGAUAUGCACAGAGCUCUUGAAUUUGGCAUGUAAAUUGUAUGUUCUGCCCUAAUGAACUUUUGCCCUAAGUAAGGCAAAUAACUGAAAUUCCAGACAUCAGGGCAUGAGGAGGUGGUAGUUCCACACAGCCUGUACUGCUGGAAGUGUAAGAAACCGUGGGAAUUAGCAGCUCUUUACUAUCAGCCAGCCAGAAACAAUUCCAUGGCAUUUUAACAGUGCCCCAUUUCAGCAACUCUGCCCCUUGAUUUCUCAUAAUAAGUCCACAGGAAGAAAGCUUUAUAUGGAAGAAAGCCGUGUUCAGGGAUGCUGCCCACUGCCCAUGGCUUUCAGGGAUGUGAAUGCCAGGAGACACAUUGGACUCCAGCAACUCUCAGCCCUAGCAUCCACUGGGAGAACAUUCCUGGGGCCAAUGAAAUCACAUAAAUUCAUUGUGGAUGAAAUCACCAACCAGAGCACAUUGAUUUGUUCUGCUGUUAGGCUGAUUGAAAGUUUGGAUUUGACAAGUGCAGUUGGACAGCUUCUUAACGAAACCAUUCAGGCUCAGAACAAGGAGUUUAAGACGGGGAUGAGUAGCCUGUUGUUCCUGGUUGGAGCCUGGAGCAAUGCUGUGGUGGAGUGCCUGCAGCAGAAUGUUCCUGUUCCAGCAAUAGUGUCUGUGAUGUCUGAGGGGUUGAACUCUUGCUGUGAGAGAGUCCAGUGUCUUCAAAUACCAAUACAUGAUGUAAAGAAAGAGCUGUGUUCUAGCAGAGUUAGGCCAAAGGCUUUUGAAAGCAAAACUGGACAAGUUGAACGUCAUGAUCUUAAAAAUUCUUGGAAUUUGCUGUGUUUUCAGACAGAUAUUUCUGCAACAGAAGAGGUAAUUCCAAUAAAUUCUUGUUCCCACCAAGGACAUGAUUGUAAUUUUAACAAGUUCCUGGUUUCACCCUUGGCUGGCUUUGGUUCAGUGGCUUCUGUUGUCAAGGCAGUGGGUGACAAAAGUUCACCUGCGCUGUCUGGAAGUGGUGUUACUGCAGCCAGCUGUAUCGCACAGAAGUUAACCCACAGCAGGCACUUCAGCACUCUAGGGAAAAGCCCUUUUGCAAGUCAGCAAGGCAAUUUCCAGGGACACCUUUCAGGACCAGCAGCAGAUCUGUGUGGUUUAGGAUGCUUGGCAGUGGCUCUGAGCCAUGGAAACCAGACCAGCGUGAAACUGCUACAAAGCAUCGCUGCUUAUCAGCAGGGGAGAGCAGAGUGCAGUGGCUCUUCCCAGGUUAAUAUUGCAGAGAUUGUGACGUGCUGUGUGCUGGGCUUGCCCGAGAGCUAUUCCUGUGUCUCCCCAGGCUUUGUCACAUUAGUGUCACCAGAGCAAGCCACAGUCAUCAAACACUUUGCAGACAAACCCCUCCGGAUUCUGCUGGUGGAUGGUGACCUCACGGAGGAGUACCGACACUUAGGUUUUAACAGACCUCCUAAUGUAAGGACCAUAUUGGAGCGUCCCACUCCACAGGGAGGCGGGGCAGGAGAUGUGUGGCUGAGCAGAAUGUCGGAUGUACUGAUGAGUUUCGAAGUAAACCUGGUUUUGGUCAAAGGAAACGUGUGCAAAAACUUCAUGGAAAGGUGCAUCGCCAGCAGGAUAUUGGUAAUUGGCUGCGUGGCUCGGAGUGUGCUGUGUGCCUUCGGGUCGGCCACUGGUGCCCAGGCAGUGACAUACCUGAGCCAGCUGAGCACUGUCUGUGUCGGGAACGGGGCCUGGGCGGAGCUGUGGCACACCGGAGAUGGGCGCGCCGUGGAUCUGGGCGAGCUGCUGCCGGCGCGGAUCAGCGCGGGAGGCAUCACCCUGCUCACGGCCGUGCUCACCGCUGCCCUGCCUUCCAAGGCGCAGCUCCUCGAGGACCACUUCUGGACUUUGCUGUAUCGACUCCAUCACGCUCUAAAGGACGGGAAGGUUUUCCCUGGGGGCGGUGCAGUGGAGCUCUUGUGCCUCAGUCACAUCCAGGCGCUCGCAGAGCAGCCCGAGCGGCCGGGAAAUGCCAAAGAGCUUCCCAGUCCCUGGCUGGCAGAGUGUAAAUCCAUUGUGCUCCAGGCACUGGCAAGUGGCUGGAAGCGAUACCUCUGCGUGCUCCUGUGUAACACGGCGACGGCCAGCUCGGAGCUGGAAGCAGGUGCCGCCGUGGAUCAUCAUCUCCAGAAAGCAGCGGCCUGUGGCUCUCCCUCAGCUUACAUUUUGGAAGAGUUUAGGAGAGGUGGAGUGCUCAGGGGUGGCUCUGAACCCUUCCCUGGCCGUGUCACAGAUUUAAAGGUUUGUGACAACGUUGAAGCCAAGACGGAGGCGUGGAGGAGAGCUCUGGACCUGGUGCUGCUGGUGCUUCAAACUGAUGCCGAAAUUAUCACAGGCCCCAGAAGGAAUCAGAUCCUGAACUCGCCUGUAUCAAACGAAUUUAUGUUUUUGUAGGAUUUUGAGCAUUUGUAAGUCCAUGGGAGAAGCCCAGGUGCAACCUACAUGUCUUUAUAAAGCAAACAGUGAGAUGUGAUUGUGAUUUUAGAAUGUAACAACAGAAGUCAGAAUGAGCAACAGUCAUGAGGCAAUUUCUUAUUUCUAGAAAUGGGAAUUAAAUAACAAACAAAAACCACUUGUGGGCUUAUCUCUAACCCAGGCCAUGUGUUUUUAGCUAACGGUAUUGCCUGUAUGGAUGUCCCCUAAUGUCUCUGAAUAAAGGUGGAGAUCUCUUAUAUUGCAUUGCUGUACUUGUGUUAAAUGAAAGAAUAUACUGUAAUUAUUUCUUAAUUAAUACCUUGUUCUUAAUUUCUGUACAUUGCAAACAUAAGAGUUAAACUUGAAAUCAUGUGUGUUUUGCAUUUUAUUCUGA